UUUUCCUGUACUUUUGUUAUUUCCUUGCUUCCUUUUAAGAUAUUUUUACAUGUUUAACAAAAUCUCCAAGAUCAUUUGUUAUUUUUGUGAUCUUCAUUUAUAAAAAUGAAUCACAAUGUAUUCUCAAAUUCAAGCCAUUGGACAAUGAAUAAAAGUUUAAAAAGAAUGUAUGCAUGGUGAAUUAAAAUAAAACCCUUUAUUCAUUUUGUAUCAAAUUAAUCAAAAAUGUAAAUAUUUGACUCUGAUUCAUUUUGAAGCUAACUAUUUACACAAUAUUCAAAUGCAGUUAUCAUAAAACCGAAGUUAAGUUGUAUUAAAUAAUCAAAGAUAAACACGAUACCUUGUAUAUUCUAUCCACAUAUUUCCCCCGUUUAUGAGAAUCCUAUCUCAUAAAAAAUAUUUUAAACUUAACUGUUACAUAUUUGUAUUCAAAGCUGUUACAUAAUCAAUUAAAAAAUAGCCUCAGAACUUCAAUACAACAUGUGUAGUAUCCGAUCACAUUUCCCUGCUUUAACUUUAAUACAUUUAAUAUUUCGUCUUUAUCUUAUUUAAAUGACUCAAAAAGGCUGGAAUAUAUCAAAACAGAAAAACUAUUCAGCUUCCUUUAAAAUUGAGUGUUUCGUGUUUUAUUCAUUUAACUGACUCAAAUGAAAACCUGGAAUAUAUCAAGACAGAAAAACUAUUCUGCUAUCUUUAAAAUUUUAUGUUCCAUCACUUUAGUGUUCUUCUGCUUACAUGUCUUUGAAAUGAUACCAUCAAAACGAUUAUAUGGUGAUCAGAAUCGGUCUGUAAUGAAGGAAAUAACAAGACGACAGUUGGAAGGUGAAAAUGAUAGCGAAAAACGAAAGAAUGUGAAUCUGACUAAUCAUGACCCCGUCAAUACAACGGCUGAAGUUCAAUUAAAUACUGCAAAAAGGUUAAAAGAGAGAAAAAGAAACUAUGAUGAUUUGAAAAAGAUUUCUGAAUUCUCAAAACACGUCAAUAGGAUUAACACUGAACCAAUAAGGAAUUCCUCCGGAGCUGAUCGGAAUGUAGAUAUAAUACAAAGUUUUAAAAAAAGCAGUCAACACAAAAUUAAAAAUCAAGAGAUCGUUGAAUUUCGAAAAUAUGUGUACAUGAAAAACUAUCAAAGGAUAAAAAAUUAUGAUGGAGUAAAUUGUCUUAAGAUUGUAAAAAAUGAUCAAAAUGAGAUAACAAAGUCUAAAAGAUUAAUGAGAAAUUUAGAACAUCAAAGACAGAAGUUAACAACAACGUUUUAUUUGAAUAUUACAAGAAAUUGUUCUAAAUUUCGGCAUGAAAGGGGUUAUAUUAAUCAUCCCAUGUCUGAAGAUGAAUAUGAUUUUCCUCUUGCAUUUUCAUUACUGACCUAUACAGACAUUGAGUUGACAGAACGUCUUUUACGUUUAAUAUACAGGCCUCAUAACUUCUACUGCCUUCAUAUAGAUUCUAAGAUGUCUAAGAAUGACAAAAGAACUUUAAGAAAUAUUGCAAAUUGCUUAUCAAAUGUGUUAAUUGCAAAUGAAUCCAUUGAUGUGAAAUGGGGAAAUAUUUCAUUAAUAAAGGCAGAAUUGGCUUGCAUGAAAACGCUUUGGCUAUAUAAGAAUUGGAAAUACUACAUCAACCUCGCAGGACAAGAAUUUCCGCUGAAGACUAACCGUCAGAUUGUCGCUAUUUUAAAAGAAUUAGACGGUGCCAAUAUAGUUAGUGGUAGUGCUGAAAAAGCAAGGACUGUCUAUGCAAAACGAUAUAAAAUGGCUAAGUCACCCCCACCUCAUAAUAUUACGCUGGCUAAGGGAUCUAUGCAUGUCGCUGUUAACAGAUAUUUUGUUGAUUUCUGUCUUCAUGAUCAAAGGUCUCUAGACUUUUUGGAUUGGUUAAAGCAAACUAAAAUACCAGAUGAGUUUUACUUUUCAUCCUUGAACUAUAACCCACAUCUAGGAAUCAAAGGUUCUUUUACAGGUAAGUAAAAAAUUUAAACAAGUAGGUUUUUUGUAAGUAUUAUAUUUAUUAAAAAGACUUAAAUAUUUAAUUUUUGAAAAGAAAAAAAAUUAUGAUCUAAAAUAGCUCGUUUUACUAAAUGUUCAAUAAAUGAAAGAAUAU